UAUUAGCUAAUAGCUAAGAGCGCUCUCUCAGUGUUAACUGUCCUGUAUUUGAUAACUGAACAGGUAAGAAAAGGUUCUUGUUCUCCCAACACGUAGGAGAGUCACACUGAAGUAGUCAGGAGUAAAAGCUGCUGUUAUCUGCAACUUACUCUCAAGAUAACAACAAUCAGUGUGUGUGUGUGUGUGUGUGUGUGUGUGUGGUUUGUGUGUGUGUGUUGAUAAAUGCAGCACUAUGUUUCUAAUUAGUAGAUUCGAAUAAAAAGUACAUGCAAGUUCAUUAUCGCUUACAUUUUCAGUAAGUUUGAAAAUUUUUCAAAACAGAGAGCAAAAGUGUAUUUUCAGUACUUGUGGGAAUGAAAUAAUGGAGAGAAAUGAUGGAGGGCAAAAACCAUGAGAUUUCGAAGGGGAAUCUUGUUCAUUCAUUCAAGAAACAGGACCUAGAUGCCCCCUAAGGACCAGGCCCCAGUGAGAGAGGGACACAGGAGUCCUGAAAGGAAUCCACGGGCUCUAGCCCACCGUAGCGUAAGUACCCAGCCCGGGAUCACUGACAGUGAGGCAAGAAGAAAGGAAAGAAAGUGCCGUUAUGCUGUGGAUCACCCAAAGGGAUAACCUUUUAGGGAGACUCAAUAGAUGUUGGCUGACCCAACGAGAAAAAAAAGGUAACUGAUGCUGACCACAGCCACGACAAGAGUUAUAUUAGGCCGGGCAUAGAACUUCCUGACUCUCAGCAUAAUUAAAUACGAGAAAAACAACAGGGAACACUGGAAAACGUCCACCCCAUCUUCACUUUAAAAAUAGGGCCCAUCUGUCCUGGAGAACUUUGUGUGCUGCUGGCCCUGGGGCAGGGGCCUGGCCAGGGUGACCCCUGGAGGCAUCUCCCAGCUCCAGGAUUCCAUGAUUCUAUGACAUGGCCAGCAGUCUGGAGUGGGGGCAUGAGGUUAUUCCCCAGUGGAGAACCAGAGGAGGGCUAGGUCACCUACCUCCUGAAGGAAGAGCAGAAGUGGAAAAUUAGCAUCGGACUGGCCGUAGUGGGAGAGAGAAAUCAGAGCCUUCCUUCUGGACGAUGUCUGGACGCCACAUGAGCCGUUCCAAUACUUACAGCUGCUUGAAAUAUCCCAACAACGUGUCCUUUCUCACCCAGACUCCAGGCUGGUCCCACAGCCCCAACGUGACGGGGGAUAACAACCUCAACUGCUCUCGUACCCCGAGUGGCUCGGAGGUGAGCAGCAGCCCUUCAGAGCAGUCCAAGAGCCCCGGAUCCCCCAGACUCCCAGUGAGGAGAAUCUGCACGGGCCGGCCUUACAACUCCAAGUGCAUAGAGACAAGCCACUUGGCAAGCUGCCCCAAGGCGGCCAGAAAGCCUGCUUGUCUUGGCAGCUCCCACUGCCUGCUCUGUACAGAUCGCCCCUCUGGUCCCUCGAGCCCCACCUUCCUGGACCAACUCAUCAGAGGCAUCAACUACCUCGACAGAUCCACCAAUGCCUUCUACAGCACCUGCCCCAAGUCAUCACUGACCCUGCCGAGGCUCGCCGCCAGUUACCUGGAACGCGCCGCCAACAUCAUCCACCUGGACGACCCGGACCCCUCCUUCCCCGGCAGUCAUUCCAACCCCAGCACCAGAGUGGCCACCUCUGAUGACUCCGGCACCUGCACCUGCAUGGUGCCAUCCACCAGGGGGGUCAAUGCUUUGCAGUGUGUGGGUGACUCCGCCAACACCAGCUGCCCACGCCGGCUUCACAGCCAGAGCCUUGCUCCUAUGCUGCCACUAAGGCCAGGGAUCAAGUUGCCGGAGCUCCCUCUGUUUGGAAACGGGAUCUUUUCCUUUGGGCGUCUGCCCAAGUUCUGGGAAACAAUCCGCUCAAGCUGGAAAGCCCCCGAACCCAUCUCCAAACCCUGUAGCUGGUGGUAAAGUCGACACCAAUGGAGAAGUGGGCACACAUGCAUCAGGCUGCAGUUAUGGAAAAUAAAUUGACUGUGGCAAAUGCUCCUUCUGAGCCUCCACUGUGUGUGGGGGGGAACAGCCAUUUAGAUGGGAGGUU